CGCCACAGUACCAGGAUGUGUUGUAUCUCUCUUCAGGUUCUGUUCUGUUAUACCUUACUGGUAUUCUGGGUUCAGGCGAGUCCGUCCGAAACAGAUAUGACCUGUCUGAAGGAGGGUCGGUUCCCCCACCCGAGACUGUGCGGGAGCUACAUCGAGUGCGUCGCUAACGAAGGGGAAGUGGAAGCAGGCCUCGUUCCACGUCAGGGGCGCUGUAUCAAGGGAACCUUCGACCCCUCCAUCAGCGCCUGCGUCACGAGGCAUGAGGAGGACGAAUGCCGACCGUGGCAGCGAAGGGGACGAAUGCUCGAGCGAGACGAGACCUACGACUUCGUCUGCCCCGAGAACCGAAACGGCUUCUUCUGCGCCACCUGCAAGACCCUGAUCCAGUGCAUCGACGGGAAGGCGUACCCAGAGUAUUGUCGUUCUGGAGACUUCUGCGACCUGAGGCUGGAAUUCGGCGGGGCAGUUUGUUACCCGAACCACCCUGUGAACUGUACCUGCCAAGAGGCAAAUGCGUUUAGUAGAGAUCUGUACAGUCAAGAGGACUAUUUCUUCUGCAGGAAGGCCAACGAAGACCCCGAGAUGCGCCAGUGUCCUCGCGGAGAUGUCUUUGACGAAGGUAUAUCCAGCUGCAGGAAUAGAUAUUAUCUGCCUGCAUGCACGAGCAUCGGCGUUUUCGCGAACCCCGCAAAUUGCUCACAGUUUUACACUUGUGUUUACAACAUCAACGGUUGGGUCCAGAGUCCGCAUUCCUGCAACAACAGCACCCAUUCCGGCCUUAUGUACAACGAACAGACGGCGCAGUGCGAGGACCCUUGCAAGUGGCGCAACCUCGCGUUCACUUGCCAAAAAGAAGGCCGCUUUCCCGAUCCUUUUGACUGCCGUCGGUACUUCGAAUGCGUCCUGGACGCCGACCGAUCCGCCUUCCGGCAGGUCCACCACACGUGCCCCGACGAGUACACGUGGCAUCCUUCGCUCCUGGACGGCUUCGGGCUGUGCGUCGAGGCGGCCGACAACACGGCCUGUGCGGCGGUGCUUCCGGUCUCGAAGUGCGUCGUCCCGGAAGACCGAUGCGUCGACGGUAGCUCCCGCAGGUCGCGCACGCAGGUCAGCGGCGAGAACGGCACCGCCGAGAUGCAGGCGAGGAUUCAGGACCUCAGGAUAACCAUCAGAGUCUUAAAUCCUGACGAGUCGUGUCAUCCAGCGUUCAAUAAAGCCUUCAAGCAGUGUAUCCACAUCAGCGCGGACAUGUUGCCAUGGGCUGAGGCGCGGACGGCUUGCAGGUACAUCGGCGGCGACCUGGCAACACCGAGGGAUGUGAACGAACUGAAGGAAUAUAUCAAUGCAAAAUCAGACGCGAAAUACCUGUGGCUGGGCGGGACGGACGCCGACGACGAAGGUAACUGGAGGUGGCUGUCGGGCCGCCCCGUCAACUCCUCUCUCUGGAGACCCGGGAAACCUGACGGAGGCAGACUGCAGAACUGUCUCGUGCUCUCCGCCGCCCGCACGCCCCCGCUGGAUGACUACUUCUGCUCCACGGCCUUCAGCUACGUGUGUCAAUACUACUGA